AUGACAGGUCGGGUCAAAGGUCACGUUCAAAAGUUCAGUGGGCGGAGCUUAUGUUGUAGUGGGUUGAGCUUGGUUGUGUAACUGACGCAAUAGCAUAUGGAUUUAAUUAUUUAUUUAAAUAUUUUUUUUUGUCUUCUUCCCCGGGGGGUUGGUUGUGUAACUGCUGCAAUGGUAUUUGUAUUUAAUUAUUUAUUUAUUAUUUUAAAUGAUUGUGGCUUAGGGGGCCUGGGUUGGUUGUGUUAGUGCUGCAAUGGUAUUUGGAUUUAUUUAUUUAUUAUUUUAAAUGCUUAUUUUAAAUGUUUAUUAUUUUAAAAUGAUAUUGAGGAGAGUGCUUAUGAGUGUGUAUUAUUUUAAAAAUGAUAUUGAUGAGAGUGCUUAUGAGCGUGUGUUAUUUGAAUAAGUUAUUAUUAUUAUUAUUUUGUGGUGCGCGGGCGGGAGUGAGCGUGGCUGGGUUACCUGAUGGAGCGCGAGCGUACGGUGUGCGGUAGCGUGGUAAGGUCCCCGGGCUUCGGAGAAUCAGCAAAGGACUUAUUCACAUACUGGUGCGGUAGCGCGGAAAGGUCCGCACGGCUUUGGAUAAUCCUCGGAGAGAGCGAUGCGGGAGAGCUGAGAGGCGUGCUGCUGCGCGAGUCUGAGAGAAACUGUGAGAGACUGUGGGAUAAAAUGGUAAAGUUGGAGCAAAGAAUGAGAGGAGGAGGUGCAGGGUCUAUCGUCCAAUAAAAACGCUCGGCGCUAGUUUUGACCGUGUGUUUUUUCCUCACGCGAGCGUUUGUAUCACAUCGGCGUAUGGCGCCAAUUUGUAAAGGUCAUAAGUCGAGACAUACAUCGAGUCUGUCAAUUUGUCCGCCAGUAAAUUCUGCAGGGCCGUGCCACCUGGCCAUCGAGGCGCCCCCCCUACCCGGCCACGCGGGCCAUACAUCGAGUCUGACACUUUUGCCCUCCAGUAAAUUCUGUUUAAAGUUUUGUUUUCACAUACGUCCCAAAUUACAGAUAAUUUUCUUACACAGGCACGAGUAGCAUCAUCAAGGCCGUACCACCUGGUCAUACAUCAAGUCUGACAAUUUCCCCGCCAGUAAAUUCUGUUUAUAGUUUUGUUUGUCAUACAUGACCGUGCAGAUAUGGGGUGACAGAGACAAUUAAAUUGUAUUACGUCGAGCGGGGGGCCUUUUCCUCCUCCUAGAGGCACAACGCCUUACCAAAGUUUGUACCAGCCAAAGAACCACAAGUUUCAUCGAGACCUUACCCGGUAAGUAUAUUAUUUCUUUUAUUCCUGUUAUAAAAAUGCUAUUCAAUUAAAAAAUAACAUUCUAAUAAUAGGUAUUCUCUCUUUUUUUUUCUAUGUACGAGAGAGAGAGACUACGCCGACCGGUCAAGAGAAAAUCUGCGAGAGAAUCAACAGAGACAUUAACAAGCAUGUUAAAUGAAAGGGGUUCUGAAGCAGAAGCGGGGCUACCCCCCACCGACGAGGUCGCAUGGUCCCCCGCGGAUUCUGAAUUGUGGGAGGCCUUGUCAGACGUGGAAUUUCUUCUCGAUGCUGAGGAGAUUGAAAAUGAAUUUGGGCUGGGACAAUUUGAAAAUGUUCAACAGGAAGGUGGCGGUGCCGUCGGUGACGUGGAUCCCCAGCCUGACGGGGUCCUUCAUCGCCGCAGAUUCAAUAACGUACAGAUUAGGCGGAUUCUAAAUAUCCCGCGACCUAGAAACGAAGGCAAUUUCCGCGAGUACUAUGAAAAUGUAAUCGAGGGGUUUCAAAAUAUUGUGAAUGAGGCGAUUCCUUACGCCGUAUGGGGAGCCUAUAUACAGGUCACCCUGCGCGCUGACUUUUUAAACGACGAGCUGUCGCAAAUUGUACGGUAUGGGGUGGGGGAGCUGACAGACUUGCAGCAGCUGCUGGAUCGCCUGGUACAGUCUAAUCAAGAGAUUUUAAACGAUUCCAACCUAGAAGUAAUCGUAGACGUAAUAAAUAUCCCACGCGGCGGCGGCGGGAACAAACGUAAACUACAGACCAUGUUAGCUUCAGAAAUAAUUUCUAAAAAAGCCAGACACAUGUUUAUCAUUAAUAACAACACCAACGCGUGUUUCGCCAUAAACUUGGCGCAUCUGCUGCACGAAAACUUGGCUGACGCCGAGGCUGAAAAGCUCGGCCUGGAGUUACAGGAGAAAGCGGGAUUCAGCCCCGACCACACAGUCGCUUUGAAUGACAUUAUCAAUUUCGAGAAAAUCAUUGAUUGCAAAGCAGUGGUGUAUUAUCAACAACCUUAUUCAAACAAUCUCCAAAUUUACCAGACACCCACGCCUACCGACGGUAGACGGCUGGUGUAUUUCUUUUUACACAAUCAGCAUUUUUACGGCAUUAAAAACGUAAAGGGGUUCUUAGGGGUGGGGUAUGUUUGCACGAGCUGUUUCAAAGGGUUCGACUCGCCUCACAGUCAUCGGUGCGAAAAGUUCUGCAACGUCUGUCAGACUAAUUGCAAAGAAGGUGAAAGCACACCAAUGAUACUGUGUGAGCGCUGUAAUUUCAGAUGUUUAAAUGACACCUGCUUUGAGCGCCACCCCUAA